AUUAGUAAUUAAUAGUGUGGCAUUUUUUGCCAUUUAUGUGCCAAAUUUGUAUUUUUGUGUUGGCAGCGCUGGAACUAAAGAUUGCAUAACCUCAAUUUUUAAAUUUAUUGUUUUCCGUUUUUUGCAAUGGUUAUGUGCAAGUAUUUUUUGCAAGGGACUUGUAGAUUUGGUGAAAAUUGUAAAUUCGAACAUCAAAUUAAUACAGAUCACAGUUACGCCGGCUCUCAGUCGGUUUUAGUCCAAAAUUAUGCAAAUAAGCCGGCCCAGAAUGCGUCCACUGUUGAUACAAACACUUUGGUGAAAGCAGUAGUGAAUGAUAUGACUUCUGCAGAGAAGGGUGGUCAAUGGCUGUUAUCGUCGUACUCCCCAUUUCGUGACAAGCCCCAUUUUCCCGGUUUUGAGGAUUACAGCAUGGAAGAAAUUAGGUAUUUAUUUUACGAAUCGGCUAAAAACGGCACUGUUGAACAAUUUAAGCAAAAUUUACAAAUGAUGUUACAACAAGCAAUAAUGAAAAUCAAAGCGUUGCAAAACCCGUCACCUGAUGUCGUUAACAUAUUAAAAAAUAUCUACAAUACUCCACCUUCAAAUUCACUAAACACCAAUCAAACGUCAAAUUCCAUUUUUGGGGGCUCACAGUCACAGCAAAAAACAACUUUUGGGAAUACAACUCCGCCCCAAACACAGAGUAUUUUUGGUGGUAACAAAACUCCCAGCCCGAUUUUUGGAGGACAACAGAAUUCGAUUUUUGGUGGGGCCCAACAAAAUUCGAUUUUUGGGGCGACACAGACACAAGCUCAAAUUAGUCCAUUUAGGCAAAAUGCGCAAAGUACCUUCCAACAGGCCCAAAGUAGUCAUUUAUUUGGGGCACCACAACCAACCCCCACAACUAGCCAUUUCCAGAGUGGUCAUCCAUUUGGGGCACAACAAACCCACUCAACUGGCAAUCAAUUUACGACACAACAGCCCCAAUUUGGGGUUACACAACCAAGCAAUAAACCAGCAUUUCAACAUACUCAAAAUAUUUUUGGCAAUUUUGGAAUGCAACAGCAACAAAAUAUGUUUGGUGGAGCGUCUCAGACUAAACCAAAUGCAGAUUUUUAUUCGAAAUUGGAAGAUUUGACUGAAGAAGAGAUUAAAUGGUUUCAAAGUGAUGAUUUAGACGUGAUGAAAAUACCGGAAAAGCCGCCAACUUAUGAAAUGUGUUUCAAUGUGCAAUAAUCAAAAUUUACUGUUUUGAUGAGAUGAAUAACAAAUUUAAUAAACCAAUAUUUUUCACGUAUUUAA